ACCCAAAUUCGCCCAAUAUAUUUUUGUAGGGUUUUGUUUUUAUUGGGUACGUUGAAAGAUUUUUAUUUAGUACUAAACGAACCGGAGCAGAGGGUUUUGUUUUCUUCUAACACACAUUGAAUUCUCCGUUCAAUUUUCUGCACAACAAUCAAGAAAAGUUCUCUCGGCUUUACCCACAAGUUUAUGAGAGGUAUGGACGGAUGAGAUUCACACUAGUACACCAGUGAAAGCUGUAGACCUUUUAAAGAUUAUUAUUGUGAAUGUAGACGAUCGGGAUCGCUGCACACACCCCUCGUUUUAGAAAGAGAAGGAAAUCAUCAAUGAGGGCUGUGACCGACGGCAAAGCUCUCAAGCGAUCAUCAAUGGCGGCAGAAAUUGGAAACCCAGAGGGGAAAAGGAGGAGGAAGAAGCCGUCCGAUCGCCCGAAGCUUCUGGUUAAUGACAGAGUUGAAGUAAGGAGUGUGGAAGAGGGAUAUCAAGGGUCAUGGCACCCUGGAACUGUGAUCGCCUAUGAAAAUCGGGCUCGUAGAAUCAAAUUCGACCAUCAUUUUUGUGAGAAUGUUUCACGACAGUUGAAGCAAAGAGUAAAAGUUCCUGCAGUAGUUGACGGGAUCAUUCCAGCAAGCUGGGAUUUAUGUAACUAUCGGGGUUCGAUAAGGCCAACGCCACCUAGGCAUGAUUUUCAGAAAUGUUCCCUCCACUUUGGGCUGUGUGUUGACGUCUACUAUGAUGAGGCAUGGUGGGAAGGGGUGAUUUUCGACCAUGAAGACGAUUCUGAGGUGCGGACAAUUUUCUUCCCUGAUAUAGGUGAUGAAAUGCAGAUUGGGAUUGAUAAGUUUAGGGUCACUUAUGACUGGGAUGAAUUUACGGAAGACUGGAAGCCCCGUGGGGACUGGUUAUUUCUUGAUUUGGUUCAGGAAAUUGAGCAGCAGUGGCCUCUUCAAGUUUCUCUGAGGCAAAUAUGGUACGAAGUGCGGGAGAAGAAGGGUUUUCAGAAGCUUGAGCAGUGGACUUCUACCAAUAGGGCUGUCUGGAAACAAUUGGUGUGGGAUGUUAUUGUUGACAAUUGUCAUAUUAGUGUACAUCAUUUUUUCCAGGUAUUGGAGUUGCCGGGGGACUUGGUACAGGGAGUCCUGCCACCAGUUGCAGAGGCCAUCAAUCUGGAUGGCUCCACAUCCAUGGAGGAGGAUGGCAGAAAGGAUUCAAAUCUCUUAAGUAACUCGGAUAUGCCUUGCGAUGACGAAACUCCUUCUAAACAGGAUGAAUUUUGUGGGUUGUCUUUAAACUCAGAGAGUAAAAGUUUUUCCAGUCCCGGGUCUAUAACACCAGGUGGAAAGUUUGAACAUCAAGGAACAGGAAAAAGUAUUUGGGUGUGGAGACCUGCUGACCUUGACAUAGUUCCCAGACCUGAGUUUUGCCCAAAUUCAGUUACUGAAUAUUGUAGUCGCAAGCAUGCAGAUACUUCGAAGUUGAGGAUGCAUCUUGCAUAUUUGGGCUGGAAGAUUGAGUUUGUGAGAGAGAAUUCAAUUCGUAGGAUGCGCUACACCUCACCUGAUGGCAAAUUGUACUACUCACUUGUUAAAGUUUGCGAGGCUUUGAUGGACCCUACAUUACACAUUGUUCCUUUUUCCUCUCCUGACAACACAAUUAUUUCAUCUUCAGAAAGACAAUUUUUCUCUCCUAUCUCUGAACAAUCACAUGCAAGACAGAAACCCUCAUCUUCCGAUAUAGUUGUUGGAUCUGAGUAUUGCCCACAAGCUAUCGUGGAUUAUGUGGAAAUAAAAAAAAAGUAUCUGAAAUCCAAAGUUAAGGUCUUGCAAUUGAGAGCAAAGAUGCAUCUCUCAGCUAUCGGGUGGUCGUUGUGGUACGUUGCGAAGAGCGGAGGAAUGGGCAGGGAAUUACGGUAUUCUUCUCCAAGUGGAAAGUUGUAUUAUUCUCUUCGAGCAGCCUGCGAAGGCUGUAUGAUGGAAGGAGGGGUGACUGGUAGUAAUGCUUCUGAGUCCAGGCCGAAUAUCAGUGAGGAAGCUAGGUGCCUGUUAGGUAGUGAGAGAUUAUCCUCCAAAAUAUCUGAUGUGGAGUCUGGCAAGGAUUGCCUAGUAGGACCUUUUGGCGCUUUAUUGUCUAAGGAACUCGUUGAACUUUGUAAACCACCAGUCAAAGAAAAUAAAAAAUUGUGGGGGAAGAGAAUUAAUGGUCUGCUGCCUUUACUUCAGAGGAAAGGUCGAAAUGCCUACAAGCGGAUGCCGAAGAAAAGAAAGACAUCUAGAUCUCUCAUCAAAUUGAGACAUGAUUUGGAUAGUGAAUUUCCAGUACGUGUGCUGCGGUCAAGCAAAAGAGCUCGGCAGGGGGUGGCUUCUUCUUCCUCUUAUCAGAACGCUCAAACCAUACUGUCUUGGUUAAUAGACAAUAAUGUGCUGCUGCCUCGGGCAAAAGUACGUUACAUUAGUAGAAAGAACAAUCAUCCACUGGCAGAAGGGAAAAUAACUCGCGAUGGGAUCAAGUGCAGUUGUUGCCACAAAGUUUUUACACUUAGUAAAUUUGAAGCUCAUGCGGGCAGCACUUAUCACAGACCGGCAGCCAAUAUCUUUUUGGAGGAUGGGAGAUCUCUAUUAGAUUGCCAAUCAGAAUUGAAAAGCCGUAAUAGUCAGAAAAACACGAUGAUGGAACCCCAUGAGAUGAAGGGCAGCCGCCAUCACGGCACAAAUGACUAUGUAUGUACUGUGUGUCACGCUGGCGGUGACCUAAUUUUAUGUGAUCAAUGCCCAUCCUCAUUUCACACAAGUUGCCUUGGUAUGAAGGAUGUCCCAGAUGGUGACUGGUUCUGUCCAUCAUGCUGUUGUCAAAUAUGUGGGAGAAGCAGAUUAAAUAACGAUAUGGGAAACUGUACGGAUGUCAGUGUUCUCAGUUGCGACCAGUGUGAGCAUCAAUACCAUGUUGGGUGCCUAAGGGGUGUUGCAAUUGUAGACAAGCAUCCUAGAGGAAGUUGGUUUUGCAGUAAAGGAUGCAAAAAGAUAUCUUUGGGUCUCCACAAGCUUCUGGGAAAAUCAGUUUCUGUCAGUGGAGAUAAUGUAACUUGGACUUUAUUGAAAUACAUCAAAUGUGAUGCUGAUGAUCAUGAUGGCUAUGAUACGGAGGCUUUGACAGAGAACUACAGCAAGCUUAAUGUUGCUCUUUCUGUGAUGCACGAAUGUUUUGAGCCUGUUAAGGAACCAGGAACUAGGAGAGAUCUUGUGGAAGAUGUUAUUUUCAGUAGAUGGUCAGAGCUGAAUCGUUUGAAUUUCCAAGGGUUUUACACUGUACUUUUGGAGAAAGAUGACGAAUUGAUUUCUGCAGCUACUGUAAGGGUUCAUGGAGCAAAAGUUGCAGAAGUACCACUUGUUGGCACACGGUUUAAAUUUCGCCGACUUGGAAUGUGUCGCAUCUUGAUUGAGGAGCUUGAAAAGAAGUUGCAGGAAUUAGGAGUGGAGAGACUAGUUUUGCCUGCAGUUCCAGACGUGCUAAACACUUGGACUACCUCAUUUGGGUUUUCACAAAUGACAAACGAGGAGAGAUUAAACUUUCUAGAUUGCACUUUCCUUGACUUCCAGGGAACGGUCAUGUGCCAGAAACUCCUAAGGAAGAUCCCUUCUACAGACUUGAGACUGAUAAUAAGAACUCAGCAAAACAUUCAUAGUGUUGUCAGUGGAAGUGAUUGUAUGGAUUUGGAUGGGAACAGUGCUAUUUCUGAAGCUUUCCAAGCAGACAAAGUUGAGAAGAGUGAAAUUGUGGACCAAGAACCACCAGUUGUUGCCGGGGACGAUGGCAGUGAUGGUGGCAGCGUUACUGCACCUCCAGGUUUCGAGUUGAACCAACCAAAUCUUGAAUUGAUACCAUACCAGAAUGGCCAUAAGGAAAACAAUGACAAUAGCAGUUUCAAGUGUUACAAGCGGAGGAGGAUAUCAGAUUGCAGAAGCUAAGGACUUUUACGUGUUGCUAGACGACAUAGCUGACCUCGUAAAUACAAUUAAUAACUUAACGGUGAGAUAAAACUCGGCCAAUUGUGCCAGUGCCACGGGCAUCUGUUCAGUCGAUUGUUUUUGGGGACCGGAACUUCUUGUCUUGCAUAACGAAGGUGUUGAUCCCAUGCUUGUAGAGAUCUAGUGGUAGGAUUUUGUAGGAUUUCGGUCUCUUGUACAUAAAGGGGAUCAUUUCUUCGGGUUCCUGUAAAUGGAAGAAGAGGCCGUAUUUAUC